UGUAGCUGGGGCCCGGGGGAGGGAGGGGGGGGACCGCGCCGCCGGAGCCGCCGCCGCCGCCCGCCGAGGGCCGGGACGCCCCCGCCAUGGAGGCCAACUGGACCGCGUUCCUCUUUCAGGCACACGAAGCCUCACAUCACCAACAGCAGGCAGCACAGAACAGUUUGUUGCCUCUCCUGAGCUCUGCUGUUGAGCCACCCGAUCAGAAGCCGAUUCUGCCCUUACCAAUAACGCAGAAACCUCAACCUGCACCAGAAACAUUAAAGGAUGCUAUUGUUGGGAUUAAAAAGGAAAAACCUAAAACCUCCUUUGUGUGCACUUACUGCAGCAAAGCUUUCAGGGACAGCUACCAUUUGAGGCGUCACGAGUCCUGCCACACAGGGAUAAAGUUAGUGUCACGGCCAAAGAAAACUCCCACCACAAUGGUGCCCCUUAUCUCGACCAUCGCUGGUGACAACAGCCGAAGUUCAUUGGUUUCGACGAUCGCGGGCAUCCUGUCCACAGUCACUACGUCUUCCUCUGCCACCAACCCCAGCAGUAGUGCCGGCGCGACGGCCAUGCCAGUGACUCAGACCGUGAAGAAGCCCAGCAAGCCCGUGAAGAAGAACCACGCUUGUGAGAUGUGCGGAAAGGCCUUCAGGGAUGUCUACCACCUCAACCGGCACAAGCUGUCCCACUCGGAUGAAAAACCCUUUGAAUGUCCAAUUUGCAAUCAGCGCUUCAAGAGAAAGGAUCGCAUGACCUACCACGUGAGGUCUCACGAAGGUGGCAUCACGAAACCCUACACCUGUGGUGUUUGUGGAAAAGGCUUCUCGAGGUACCAUGUAGAAAAUCCCAGGCCUGAUCAUUUAAGCUGUCACGUUAAACAUGUUCACUCAACAGAGAGACCCUUCAAAUGCCAAACGUGCACUGCUGCCUUUGCCACCAAAGACAGACUGCGGACACACAUGGUGCGCCAUGAAGGAAAGGUAUCGUGUAAUAUCUGUGGUAAACUUCUGAGUGCAGCAUAUAUCACCAGCCACUUAAAGACACACGGGCAGAGCCAAAGUAUCAACUGUAAUACCUGUAAACAAGGCAUCAACAAUAAAACAUGCAUGAGUGAAGAGACCAGCAAUCAGAAGCAGCAGCAGCAGCAACAACAACAACAGCAGCAGCAGCAACAACAGCAGCAACAACAGCAACAGCAACAACAGCAGCAGCAGCAGCAACAGCAGCAGCAGCAACAACACGUAACAAGUUGGCCUGGAAAGCAGGUAGAGACCCUGAGAUUGUGGGAAGAGGCCGUCAAAGCAAGGAAGAAAGAAUGUCAGUUCACCUUUGAGAAGGCUAUAGAGUACGUACCCUUCGAAGCUGCUAACUUGUGCCAAACCUCCACUGCUGCUACUACGCCUGUGACUCUUACUACUCCAUUCAAUAUAACGUCCUCUGUGGCUUCUGGGACUAUCACAAACCCAGUCACAGUGGCAGCUGCAAUGAGCAUGAGAAGUCCAGUAAAUGUAUCAAGUGCAGUUAAUAUAUCCAGUCCGAUGAACCUAGGGCAUCCUGUAACUAUAACCAGUCCAUUAUCCAUGACAUCUCCAUUAACGCUCACCACACCAGUCAAUUUACCCACCCCAGUAACCGCUCCAGUGAAUAUUGCCCAUCCAGUCACUAUAACAUCUCCCAUGAACCUCCCCACACCCAUGACGUUAGCUGGUCCCCUAAACAUAGCCAUGAGACCAGUUGAGAGCAUGCCUUUCCUGCCCCAGGCCUUGCCCACCUCUCCUCCCUGGUAAAGAGUUUCUAAACAGUAUUAAAAAGGAUUAAAAUGGAAUCCUUACCAGCAGGUUUUGUUUUGUUUUGGGUUUUUUUUUUUUGGGUUUUGUUUGGUUGGGGUUUUUUGUUUUGUUUUUUUGUUUGUUUGUUUUGGUUCUCCUUUUUUAUUGUUGUUUUGGUUCUUUUGUUUUGGUUCUUGUUUCAUUUUGUUUUAGUUAAUAAUAAAUUCAGACUAAGACACUGGGGCAACAUGCACCAUCAGAGACCUUAGUAGCAUCUUCCCCUGUUGAUUUGGCUCAUAUGGUUCCACCUUGAGUUUCACUGGAGCACUUCAUUGAAAGGAAGUUGUACCUUCUAGUUGAUGCAGAAUUAGAGCAGAUACUUCUUUGCCAGAGUUUUUUUUUUUUCUAAAAAAAAAUAAUUAAAAAGAAAAAAAAAAAAGAGUUUUAUGUUUUAUCCCCCAAAUCAUAACUUAGGAAGUUAUUUUAAUCUAAACACUAGCAAAGACCCCUCUGUACCUUCAACAGGGUGGAUGGCUCAUUUUAACUUGCCAGUUGUUAAAUCCACUGUUUCUGAGCUAGUGUAGAAUCUUUGUCUGUGUUAAUGUUUUUUUUUCUUUUUUUUUUGUUUUGUUUUGUUGUUUUUUUUUAAAUGAGUAAAUGCAUUACAAUGUUGUCAUUGAAAAAAAAAAAAAUGCAUUUUGGAGAAAAUAUGCAUUUUUACCUUUGGGAAUAUGGUAAUUUCAGGCAGCAUUCCCUAUGGGAAAGGUGAUACCAGCUCUGAUAUGCAAAGCAUAUGAUAACUUAUCAUUCUAACUUCAACAUAUAAUAGGGAUUGUGACCUGAUAUUUGGAGAUGUAAAUAUUACCCAACAUAUUACCCUAAGGGAAUAUAGCAUUGUAGUCAACCUUUUUUUUUAAAAAAAAAAAAACUGUUAUUGUUUGGUGAGAAACAGCCAUGGCUGACAGAAGAGGAGUCGAAAUGUAUGUAAACAUGGUCUCUGAACAGUCAGACCCCUAUGGGACUCUUAUCUAGGAGCAAAAGGAGUGCUUUGAAACUUAAGAAAUAUUGCUUUAAGCUGGAAGAUUCUGGAGACACUGGGUAUGAUUUUUAUGCCCUUUGCCUCCCAAUCAGAGCCUGCUGGUGUUAACAGCGGGGGACAGACGUGUUAGUUGUUCACUAGAAGUUUUGUCUUAUAUUAAAUUGUAUACAGUUUUUAUUCUAACCACUAACUAGGUAGGAUGCCCCUCCAGGACAAGCAGAGAGCGUCUUUUAAUUUCUCCCCUAUUCCUUAAUUAAGUGUUGUGCAAAUCUGUUCAACUUUGUAAAUAUUUGCAAACAUCAUCAUUUUUACGUUACUCUUCUAUUGUGUUAACACAUUUCUAUCAGUUUGUGGGAGUUCUGGGGUGAUGGUUUGAACCAUCCAGCCCAGAACUUCCCCACAAAUGGUCACACAUGUUUUAAGCUACAUGUGCUUUUUAUUUCUUAACCUGUUUAUCUGUACAUAAAGUAGAAAGCAAAAUCUAGGGAAACAGAUAUACUUUUUAGACUAUCAUGUCACAUAUUCACCUUUUUAAAAACUUUGUUUAAAAAACAAAACACCCUAAACCCAAGACUCUACAUGAAAAAGAAAAAAUAAUUAAAAAAAAAAAUUAAAAAAUAAUAAAAUUACAGUUGAGAUGUUUUUAUCUUAAUGAAGUUGAAAGCUAUGGAGAUGAGUGUGUGCAUUUUCACAGAGUUGCUAGCAGGACUGCCCAGUCAGAUGGACUGCUGCUGUUCCUACCCUGCCAUGUCAGUGCAAGCAGUGAUUGCCAGGCUGCUGGCUCAGGUGACAGGUAUCUGUAUCAUUACAUGAAACUGUUCUAGGGGGCUUGGACUACAUAGUAAAACAAAAACAACAACAACAACAAAAAAUAGAGCUUAGUGUAAAAUAAUUUUAUAAAUGAUCUUUUGUACUUUAGGACAUCAAAUUGUACAACUUUUGUAUAUAUAAAAGCUUAGGAACUUUCUGUUUAGCAGAAAGGAAACACAUUCCUACACUUUUAAUGUAUAUGUUUGUUAUAAUGUCCAUGUAAACAUAUGCCCUAUGUUUGUGCCUUUUAAUUAGUUUGUCUCAAUAAACAAAAAUGUAGAGAAGAA